AGCGUACGUCCCGGAAGGCGGAAGCACCUGACGGCAGCUUUCCGGUGGUGGGAAAGUGAACGAAGCCAGAAUUAGAACGGCUCAUCCUGAGGCUGGUAGGGUGCCGGUGGAAGAGGGAAGGCAGGCGUCUGGAUAGGGCCUGGUUCGGGAGGCUGUCAGAGCAGGAGCUGCAGAAGCAGUCAGCGGCAGAAGGGGCAUGGUGCCGGGAAGCACCGAGGAGGGGGCGCAGUCCGUGCCUCCCAGGGUUACUGAAUGAGGCUCUACGCCCGGGCUGGCCCGGAGACUCAGUGCUGCGGGUCCCAGCAUGAGUGCGGGCCCCGGCUGUGAGCCCUUCACCAAGCGACCCCGCUGGGACGCCGCUGCAACUUCUCUGCCGGCCGCCUCGGACGCCCGGAGCUUCCCCGGCAGGCAGAGGCGCGUCCUCGAUUCCAAGGACGCUCCAGUGCACUUCAGGGUCCCGCCGUCCUCGUCAGGCUUCGUCCCGGGCCGGGCGGGACAGCACCGAGGCAGCGCCACCUCUCUUGUUUUCAAACAGAAGACUAUAACCAGUUGGAUGGACACUAAAGGAAUCAAGACAGUGGAAUCAGAAAGUUUGCAUAGUAAAGAAAACAACAAUACAAGAGAAGAAUCCAUAAUGAGUUCUGUACAAAAAGAUAACUUUUAUCAACAUAACAUGGAAAAAUUAGAAAAUGUUUCUCAGCUAGGUUUCGAUAAGUCAUCAGUUGAAAAAAGUACACAGUAUUUGAACCAGCAUCAGACUGCAACUAUGUGUAAGUGGCAGAAUGAAGGGAAACACUCAGAACGGCUUUUGGAAAGUGAACCUCCAGCAGUAACUCUGGUACCAGAGCAGUUCAGUAAUGCUAACGUUGAUCAGUCACCCCAGAAUGAUGAUCACAGUGACACAAACAGUGAGGAGAGUAGAGAUAAUCAACAGUUUUUGACAUAUGUAAGGCUUGCGAAUGCAAAGCAGACAAUGGAAGAUGAACAGGGCAGAGAAACCAGAAGCCACCAGAAGUAUAGCAAGGCUUGCCAUCCUGCAGAAGACUGUGCAGGGUGUCAGCAGGAAGAGACAGACGUGGUGCCAGAGAGCCCCUUGUCGGACAUUGGAUCUGAGGAUGUUGGUACUGGACUGAAAAAUGCCAACAAAUUGAGUAGACAUGAAAGUAGUCUAGGAAAUUCUCCUCCAUUUGAGAAAGAAAGUGAACCUGAGUCGCCAAUGGAUGUAGAUAAUUCCAAAAAUAGUUGUCAGGAUUCAGAAGCAGAUGAAGAGACAAGUCCAGGUUUUGAUGAACAGGAAGAUAGCAGUUCUGCUCAAACAGCAAAUAAACCUUCAAGGUUCCAACCAAGAGAAGCUGACACUGAGUUGAGGAAGCGGUCCUCUGCUAAGGGAGGUGAGAUUCGAUUACAUUUCCAAUUUGAAGGAGGAGAGAGUCGAGCUGGAAUGAAUGAUUUGAAUGUCAAACUACCUGGAAGUACUUCUAGCCUGAAUGUAGAGUGCAGAAAUUCUAAGCAACAUGGGAGAAAGGAUUCUAAAAUCACAGAUCAUUUCAUGAGAAUGCCCAAAGCAGAGGACAAAAGAAAAGAACAAUGUGAAAUGAAACAUCAAAGAACAGAAAGGAAGAUCCCUAAAUACAUUCCACCUCACCUUUCUCCAGAUAAGAAAUGGCUUGGAACUCCUAUUGAGGAGAUGAGAAGAAUGCCAAGGUGUGGGAUCCGGCUGCCUCCCUUGAGACCGUCUGUCAAUCACACAGUGACUAUUAGGGUAGAUCUUUUGCGAAUAGGAGAAGUUCCUAAACCUUUCCCAACACAUUUUAAAGAUUUGUGGGACAACAAGCAUGUUAAGAUGCCUUGUUCAGAACAAAACUUGUACCCUGUGGAAGAUGAGAAUGGUGAGCGAACUGCAGGGAGCCGGUGGGAGCUCAUUCAGACUGCACUUCUCAACAAGUUCACUCGACCCCAAAACUUGAAGGAUGCUAUUCUGAAGUACAAUGUGGCAUAUUCUAAGAAAUGGGACUUUACAGCUUUGAUUGAUUUCUGGGAUAAGGUACUAGAAGAAGCAGAAGCUCAACACUUAUAUCAGUCCAUUUUGCCUGAUAUGGUGAAAAUUGCACUCUGCCUGCCAAAUAUUUGUACCCAGCCAAUACCGCUCCUGAAACAGAAGAUGAAUCAUUCCAUCACAAUGUCACAGGAACAGAUUGCCAGUCUUUUAGCUAAUGCUUUCUUCUGCACAUUUCCACGGCGCAAUGCUAAGAUGAAAUCAGAGUAUUCUAGUUAUCCAGAUAUUAACUUCAAUCGGUUGUUUGAGGGACGUUCAUCAAGGAAACCAGAGAAGCUUAAAACGCUCUUCUGCUACUUUAGAAGAGUCACAGAGAAAAAACCCACUGGGUUGGUGACAUUUACAAGACAGAGUCUUGAAGAUUUUCCAGAGUGGGAAAGAUGUGAAAAACUCCUGACUCGAUUGCAUGUCACUUAUGAAGGUACCAUAGAAGGAAAUGGUCAAGGCAUGCUGCAGGUGGAUUUUGCAAACCGUUUUGUUGGAGGUGGUGUAACCAGUGCAGGACUUGUGCAAGAAGAAAUCCGCUUUUUAAUCAACCCUGAGUUGAUUGUUUCACGGCUCUUCACUGAGGUCCUGGAUCACAAUGAAUGUCUUAUCAUCACAGGUACUGAACAGUACAGUGAAUACACAGGCUAUGCCGAAACAUACCGUUGGGCCCGGAGCCAUGAAGAUAGGAGUGAAAGGGACGACUGGCAGAGGCGCAGCACCGAAAUCGUCGCCAUCGACGCCCUUCACUUCAGACGCUACCUCGACCAGUUUGUGCCUGAGAAAAUCAGACGUGAGCUUAACAAGGCUUACUGUGGAUUUCUUCGUCCUGGAGUUUCUUCAGAGAACCUGUCUGCAGUGGCCACAGGAAACUGGGGCUGUGGUGCCUUUGGGGGCGAUGCUAGACUAAAAGCCUUAAUACAGAUACUGGCAGCUGCUGUAGCUGAGCGAGACGUGGUUUAUUUCACCUUUGGGGACGCAGAAUUGAUGAGAGACAUUUACAGCAUGCAUACAUUCCUUACUGAAAGGAAACUGACUGUUGGAGAAGUAUAUAAGCUGCUGCUACGAUAUUACAAUGAAGAAUGCAGAAACUGCUCCACCCCUGGACCAGACAUCAAGCUUUAUCCAUUCAUAUACCAUGCAGUUGAGUCUUGUACACAGACCACCAACCAGCCAGGACAAAGGACUGGGGCCUGAGGAGCCAAGUGACUAGAAGCUCCUUCCACUUCUGUAACAUAUGAAUUGACAUAAUAUACAUGUGUAUAUAAUCCUAUUUGUAGGCAAGGAUGCAGUCCCUUCCACACAAGGAAAUUGUCAGUUGGUACAUCUACACCUCCUCCAUCCCGACUUACAUAGACUCAGACAUAUUUUCUCUUUUUCUUCCUUCUAUUUCAGCCUUGAUCCUUCGAUUUUUCUUUCUUUUGCCCAUCAGACUUCUUGUGAAAUUUCAUCAGAGUUUGUGCUCAGCCUGUCAGGUGUCUUUUUUGAUGCCUAAAUAUUAUACAAAUCACCUCUGCAGCUAGCAGAUGCCAAGGAAGGUGGUGAAAUCCUAGGAGCUAUUUAACUGAGUCUGCUAUAGAUCUCCUUGUGAGCCUCUCACCCCCUACUCUUGUUAUGAUUGUGGUGUUGGAGUUUUUUUUGAUUUUUGAAAUGAGAGUUGGGUUUGUUACAUAAUACACAUCUCCUAGGUUAAGAGUUUUAUAUUUAAGAAUACUUUCCAAAAAGUUAUUUUGAGAUAUCACCUUUAUUUGUAAUGGUAAUUUGUCUGUCCCUUUUCCCAUGAUCAGUUUUUAUUGAAACUGUUUUUUGAAAUUGCAUACAAAUGAAAUAUAAGAAUAAAAGAGUUUCCCAAAUGGUGUUUAAAAAACAAACAGAUUCAAGAGACUUGAAGGACCUCGUUUCUUGGGAUUCUUUUUUCUUUUUCUUUUUUUGAAUUAGGAUUAUUGUUUGUUCCACGGUGCUUGAAACAUAUUCAUAUAACCAAAGUUUAGGAACUGGGAACUUCAUGGUGAUUUGUACAUAUUGAAGUUUCUCUGGUACUCAUAGGUUAUGUAGUUAAUAAAUUUUCAUUAACAAGUCAUUUGUCAAACUCUUAUAUCAUCUAAUAUAUAUAUAUAUAUAUAUAUAUACAUGUGUGUUCUUUAAGUGUGUCUACAUGCAAGCACAUAAAAUCUAAAUAAAACUGGAAUUGUGGAAA